AUGACGGACGUUGAACUGGGAAAGGAGAGAGACGAAUAUCCAGCUCUCGCCAGGUGGAUUGCUCAAGACCCGGAUGACGACCCGUUGGUGUUUCGAAAGUUCGCCAGGCUGAGCGCGCGUGGUCUGCUGCAUUUGCAGGCCCGAUUGGUGGACAUUGAGGCGCAGCCAGAUGCGUUGGACGAGGAAGCGCGAAAUGCGCAGUCGAUGGACGUUCAGGAAGCACUCCAACGUUGGGAGACUUUAUCUGAAGACGCCAGAAUAGACAAGACCGUUGAGAAAGAGCUGUUGCGAACGAUUGGGGAAAGCUACGGGUUUUUGAAAGAGUACCCUAAGUCCAGUGCCUUGCUUGAUAGCUUCACGAUCGAUACUGGAGCUGACUUACCGGAGACGAACUUCUGUCUCUGCGAUCGCAGGUUGCGCAGCUUGAUAAGCUGGAAUCGUGUGCUUGAGGUGUACAAAGACUUUCUGAAAGGAGCGGCGCUGGGCGCAACGGCGGAGAAACCUCUUGACCUCAUCUCGGGUCGCGCGAGCGAGUUUCUGGACUCCAAGUUGGAUCUUGUCACACUGCAGAAGCCGGUGGAAACCGACCAUCUCUCGCGUUUAUUGCGCGAGAACUGGAUUUUCAAGAAGCGCAACGUCUCCAAUUCGCUUGACCAAACAGCCCUGUACAGAAAUUCCCAUAUCGCUCGGACCGUGGCUACUUUGGACCUGAUCCUCGCCGCGGUCCUCCUUAUCGGCGCGAUUGUUACGCUGUACAUUGUCUCGAGUCCGGGAGCAAAGCUUGGCCUCGUAUCCAUGUUCACCCUUCUCUUUGCCGCAAGCAUCGCCUUGUGCACCAACGCCAAAAGAGCGGAGGUCUUCGCCGCAACAGCUGCGUACGCAGCGGUCCUUGUGGUAUUCUCAAUCCUGGCCUUCGCGUCUCCGAUUGGCCGUAAAAGCAGGGCGAAGGAGUGA